AUGACUCAUGGUUCUCACCAGAGCACAACCCUCAGGGUCCACAUCCUGUAUAAUGCCAGGGUAAGGAUCCCCAUCAUACCGUACCACACACCAACUUCCAAUCAGUCCCUCAUGCAGGUCUAUGAUGGGUUGAGAUGUGCUGGUAAGUGUGCUUGAACUUGGUGAUCCCAAUGCAGUCUCCAUGCGGGUGUAUUUGAGUUUGUCGGCCCUUGUCAUGUUUGUCCUGAUUAGUUUUGUAGAGAAUCCAAACUCCUUCUUGGCCAUGGUGACCAGGCGGUAUUUUUUUAAGAUCUUGCCAGCCACAAGUUUGGAGAUCAGUUGCCGAGCUUUACGAUUGUCAACAUUCUGAUACUUUUUUCUUAUUUCUGACAUAAUGGUGUUAUGGAAUAGGAGUGUCUUCUUUAAUUGCUUGCUUUCUUGCUGCAUCUGUUGCUUUGUUUUCAUUUUAGGUGACUCUAGGAUCCCCAGGUUCUUCUUCAGUCGAUUACUUCUUUUUUUGUAUUUUUCAACUUUUCUGAGGGCAUCCUCAAGCUUUUGUUUAAUGUCAUUAAGAUCUCUGUACACCUUUGCUUUUGCCUUCGCAACCUUUUUUCUCCCUCUUUUCCUCUGUGGAGUUCUCUCUGGUGUAGGCUCACACAGCUGAGGUGUUUCAGGGAUGUCUUCUGCAUUAACACUCAUGUUGUCUGGUGAUGGUGGUGGUGUUGUAUGUGCCAUGAAACUAUUCACUGCUGAGACCAUUUUCCAUUUCCUACGUCUGUUUCGUUGAGAAAUUCGCCACUGUCUUCUCAUUUUUCGUUGUUCUCUUUUCGGCAUUUCUGUCACAGAUUUAACAACACCUUGUUGCUUUUUCUUCAGGUAUCUUUCUCUGUCCUUCUUGAGGGACUCUGCAUAUUUAAGUGGAUCUGAUUUUAUUCUUUCUCUGUAUGAUCUUGACCUCUGUGCUGUGGUAUUGCUUGCCAUCUUAAAGAAAGAGCCAAGACAUCAUGUCAAACCUACUUAUCUAUUGUUCUCUUAUUUACCAACAAUAUUGUAAUAUUGUUAAAACUGUUUUUGAAUUUAGUAUCAGUAUUAUAGCCCAAAUAAUUUGCUGUUUAGCACGAACAAUGUCAUUUCCACCACAACCUGUCUUUACCACCACAAUGAACACCGUGGUGGAAAUGACUGUGGUGGAAAUGACAUUUCCCCACUUUCCCUCUAAAAUCUCAUGCUAUGUUAGCCUGCUAAUAUUAGUUUUAGAGUUAGCAUUAAAUAUACACAAAUUACACAUUAUUAAAUUAAAUGUAUCCAGUUAUUUUUACGUCCAUGUGAAAUAUGAGCUGUUUGGAAAUGACGACCAAUAAACAUACUCUCAGUUUUACUCAUAUUUACCUUGAUUUUUCUUCUUUUCAUUACCCCCUGUAGAGGACACCAUUUCAUCCAGCCAUGUGUUCCACUGUGGAGUUUCUGUUGCUAUGGUUACUAAAUAUACAAACCUAAAACACUGAUCCCAGGAUUCUAUUUUGUACAGUGUGGUGGAAAUGACAGUGACCCCAAGGGACAAGGGUUCUAUUUAUGAAAAAUAUAGGAAAAUGUGAAUAUGUAUCACAAUAUAUAAUAUGUAGAAUUGAAAUAAAUGGUAUUUUAUCAUUUGUACUUGAAAUCUACAUUAUUUAAAUAUUUAAUUUAGAAUUAAGCGAGGUUGAAGAUACAAAGUCUGGCUUAGGGACAGAGGGAAAACAGUAAAAACCAUGCAUAAAAGGCCUCAUAUUAUAUAAUAAAAAGAAUGAUUGAGCCAUGAUACAUUUUUUAUAAGUUCCCCUUAGGGUGGAGUAAGUAUGACAAAAACAAAAAAGAAGAAAUGUUUUUUAGUUUUUAUUAUUUCAUCCAGGGACAAGAAAAGUACCAUAGUUAAAGAAUCACCCUUAAUAAUCUAAUGCUAAAUUGCAGGUUUUGCAGAAUAUAUUGUUGUCUGCAAAGAGCGUCCCAGCGGGGUAUUGGCGUGCUCUUUUUUUCAAGAGAUAUUCUAAUUUUGAAUGUUUUUCUUCUUCUGGUUGGAUUAAUAGUCUCUCCCCUUUAACUGUCCUAAUUGCCCCAUUUUUAUAACCCCAGAUGAUCAGGGGUUGAGUCUGUUGGAGCGAAUCAGUUUGAGCAAAGUGAGGUGUAGAAUCACUGAUCUACAAAUACUAGAAUUGCAGAAAAUGAUAUUUUAAAAUGAUAUUUAAAAGUGUGUGAACAGUAUGCGGUCGCAUGGGUCGCGAGGUGAGGGUUUGUUACUACGCCGAUAAAUGCCAACAUCCAUCCGGACCUUUGCCACCUAGGACAUUUGUGUGACAGACCAUCUCAAAUAGUACUUGAGUACCCCUACUAUAGGCCUACAACACAUACAUGGCUCCUAGCCUCCCAUGCAUAAGGCUACUUUCUGUCCCUAACACUAAAACUAAAACUAAAUUAUAUAAAACUAAAUAGAAAUGGUUUUCAGCAAACUGAAACUGAAUAAAAACUAGUAAAUCAAGUCUAAAAAAUUACUGCAAACUAAACUGAAUUUCAAAUAAAAAUAAAAUAACGAAUAGAAAUUAAAACAAAUAGAAAAUCACAAAACUAUAAUAACCUUGCUCCAAAGACAUACAGACCACCCAAAGUAAAAACAGAGAGUGUGUUUAAUCCUAAAAAUGAUCCACACUGGGUUUUGGCUGUUACACAACUUUGUAUUCUCUAACAAACUGUCUGCCAUAGACAUAGUUAUGUGUCAGGUUUAGCUUUAGGGACACAGAGCCCUCCCCUACACACACAGGGGAAUCAUGUGGUUUGGAUUAGACUGUAGUGAUGUGCCACUGAUGUAGCCUAGACCCUGGUGCCACACCAUCUGAAGCUUAGCAGUCCAUUGUAAAUUAGAGGGCACAAUAACAGUUUCUUAAACAUCUUAGACUAGGAACAACAAGGUAUAGAGGAUUUUUUUUGGUAUGGGUUUAUUGAUAGACAGACAGAAAGGCUGGCAAACAGACAAACAUACAGACAGACCUUUUAAGGAGUGGAAGAGGGAUGAUAACAUGGGUGAUCUUUUGAUCACACACACACACACACACACACACACACACACACACACACACACACAUACAGCGUCAGUGGAGUUUGUCUGGAUUGUGAAUGACUCACAUCCUCUCAGCCUUUGACCUCAUGAGAAGGGAUGUGGAGUUUUCUUCACUUCCAGGAAUUGAGUUGGAUGCUUCCCCUUCUGUCAUACUGUAAGGAGGUGUGGUGUAGUGUAGACUGUAUGUACCCACCUUGUAUGCUUUCAGAUUCACUAUGAGGAACACAGUGGAUUGGAUGGGAGGGCGGCUUGUACUGUACUUGCCAGGUGGAAGUAAAUGCUGCUAUGUUAAUGGUUGGAAAGAGUCUCAUGGUGUUGAUUUGUCCCCCUCCCAUUUUCCCAAGCAAACAUAGUUCUAUGAGCACAGCACAUAGCAGUGCCAGACAGCAAAGUGUUACUGAGGAGAUGUAAAAGAGGGAAGUUGAAACAAGCAUCAAGAAACAAGAGAGGAGUGAUAAGAAAAACUUGAAGGUAUGUAAUGUGCCUGAGCUUUCUAUGGGGGUAGAGGUGAUCAUUUUUUAAAAUAUUUUAUUGUGUAGAAAGGCUUAUCCUAGUAUUUAGAGAUCUUUCUGGAAAUACUGAUUUGAAAGUCAGCAGGUAUGUUGGAUGCCCAAUUUGGGUGCAAUCUUUUUAGUCUUUUGCUCAAGUCAUUUCCUAUUAUUUAAAUAUUUGAUUGUAGAGUCAGUCAUACGUUGCUGGCAAUUUCCAAAAUGUGUUGUCUGAGGUGAUAUUUUGAUUAUAUGUGUGUGGUGUUUGAUCAGUGGACAAAGCAAUAGAGAAAGUGUUAAAGGUACAAUGCAGCCGUUUUUAUCUCAAUAUCAAAUAAUUUCUGGGUAAUAAUUAAGUACCUUACUGUGAUUGUUUUCAAUUAAAAUGGUCAAAAAGAAACAAAAAUAAAUUCUUAGCAAAGAGCUAUUUCUGAAGCAAUAAUUUUGCUAGGACUGUCUGGGAGUGGUUUGAGUGGGGAGGGAGAAACUGAAAACUAGCUGUUAUUGGCAGAGAAGUUUGAAACUCUCUUUCUUAUUGGUCUAUUAACUAAUUUACUGCCUGGUGAUGUCACCAGGUAGGCUAAAACUCCAUCCCACCAAACAGUCUGAAAUUUCAGGGGCUCUUUUCAAGCAGCUCUUACACUAAAAGGGCAUUAUUAUCAUUUUCACAAGUUCACAGUAUUAUUCCAACUUCAUAGUUUAUAAAUAUACUGUAUAUAAAACAAAGGAAAACCACGUUUUUGACUGCACUGGGCCUUUAAGGAUAGCCUAUAUUCAUUUACAUUACAUUUACGUCAUUUAGCAGACGCUCUUAUCCAGAGCGACUUACAAAUAGGAUCCAGAGCAGCAUAUUUGGAUUAAUGCCAACCUGCUAAAUGGGGACUUUUUUUGCUGACCUCACUACUAUUAACGUUAUUCAUAAUAAUGGUGGUUUAUCUGCUGGUCAGGUGGAUGUGUGCAAGGUGUCUCAUAUUUCUCAUUACCAAGGAAAAGUAUAGUCUAGGUCUACCUGUCUCACCAUAUCUCUGUUUUAAAAGGAAAUUUAAACCAAUAGGCUAGUUCGACAGUACUGUAUAAGUUAGCUCAUUAAACUGUACAGAACCCUAGAGGCUAUUGCCUAACUAGAAUCCUCAACAUCCUCCACAUAGGCUAAUUGUUUUUGUACUGUGAACCAUGUGUAAUUCUGAAAUGACAGUUGAAAUGAAAGUGCAUACUGUAUAACAGUAAGGGUGAGAGUGAAUGCAGGAAUCUGCUUGCCCUGGCUUCCAGACAGAAAGGCUGUGUGACGUCCCAGGAAACAAGUGGGCACUUCACUGUCUCUGUAUGACACUGAGAAAGAUGACCAGGCAAGGCCUGUGUCUGCUGGGAGUAGCUUGGGGGAUUCAAGUUCAUGAGUUCAGUGUCUCAAUGAGAGGCCUGAGUUGGAUGAGUAGCUGCUGUGUGCUGGCAACUGCCUUACUCCUUGCUGAUUUAUUCAUCCACAGGAACCAUGAGUCAUCCUACACAAUAGUGGCCUACUGUCACUCACUGCAGACUCCUCAUGCCAUAGACCUAUGGCUCACACACAUAGUCUUCUCACACAUGCUGAGAUACGAGAAGUAUGAUUGUCUAGGGUAGAAUCUUCUUUUUGUUACUUUAAUUGUGAGGUAAAUGUAAUAUCCUAUGUUUUUUUCUUCCUCUCCAGCCAGCUAGAGCAGUUUUUCCCUGAGAACAACCGAGAUGACCGUCGCUCCGUUCAGUCGCAAACAGUGGGCCUCCCAGUCCCUCAGAGUCACAGCUAAUGAGUUGUCCAUAGUCGGCACCAGAGGCAAGAACAAUGCCAUCGCUGAGCGCUUCUCGAAGUAAGUGGCGUACAGUAGUAUCAAAGAUAUGAAUAACUAACCCAAGAUAGUUCAUCUGUGUCAUUUACAGUGGGAGCAAAUUAAGCAUAGUGGGCAGAAUAAACAAGGAGGCGGGCAAAGCAUAAGCUAGCGAGUUCCUAUUGGCGCGUUGUAGUAUUUAUUUGCAUAUUUCUGUUAGGGAACGCCUCCUCUGUGAAGUGUGCACAAACUCAAUUCGACCUUGCACUCCUAAACAACGCAAUUUAAAAAAAAAAGACUUUGGCAAAGCGUAAAGUCUAUAAAACUUUGGGCACUGUGUUCGUAACAGAUUCUAGUUUUGGGAACAGAAAACGGUAUUGAGAUCAGAUGUUUCAUCGAAGAGAAAACGAGCAGAAUUUCGGCCCAAUUUCACCUAGUUCCAUUCUCUCCCACUACCGGACUUCCUCUCACUACCAUAUGCUUCAGUUUUAUAGCCCCUGUGACUUGUCUGGGUUACCCUUUCGGUCUGUGGUAGUAUUGCUCUCAUUCAUCUUUACUGUUACUCACUUUCUCUUCUUGUUCUCUGAUUCAAUUACUCUUCACAUGUAAAGUCACCCAGUUGUAUAUAUUGCUCUCACUCUCGUCCUAUUGUACAUACGCUCGUACUUGUUCCAGGGUAGAAACGCAAAUACUCACUUCAGUGUUAGGCUCCUACUGACCACUGAUAACUUUUUCCAUCCCAGUCCGUUCUGCUGCCUGAAACCAUAGUAUUAGAUCACACACUCCCUCCCACUCAAUGUCCUCUCCAGUGUCUUCUGGAUCAGUACAAGAUAAGAAAAUUACACCAGCAAUAUUUUGAAACUAGAUUUAAUAACAUUGCAGAUUUUUUACUAGCCUGAGUGCAAGUCUGCUUGUGCUAUCAUGCCAACUCAUUGUCACUCAUUGUCAUGGAGUAGCCAAGAGCACAAACAGAUCUGGGACCAGGCUAGAGUUUUACCAGUUUGUCUAUCCAAAUGUGGAAACAGCACUGGCUAUUACAGCCAUGAUACAGCCAUUAAUGUCGGAGAUUAGAUUGGUCCCUUCUCCAUACCUCUCUGCUUUUUAACAGUUUUUCCUUUGUCAUUUGUUUUUAUUUCCCGUGUCUGACCACUAGGGGUCAGCGGUGCUCCAUUGUUAUGUGUAUAGGUCUAGUUGUAUUUAGAAGUGAUCCAAACUCAGAAGUAGUACAGAUUACUUUGUUUCUCCCACCUUCAUGGCAGCUUUGUUGAACUCUUAGCUAUAGACAGGGCUGUAAACUGCACUGCCUAUAAACUGAUCUGCCUCCAUUAUGUAGGCCUCACAACCCCCUCUAUCCUCUUCCAAGGUACCAACUGGCUGCAGAGGAAUGCAACUCAGAGAGGAAGAAAGCAGUAAGUACCCAGUCAAGUUUGAAGGGACUAAUAUCUAACAAAGCUAGAUAUAUUGGGAUGAAUCUCUCUCUCUCUCUCUCUCUCUCUCACUCACUCACUCACUCACUCACUCACUCACUCCUCACUCACUCACUCACUCACUCACUCACUCACUCACUCAGUCACUCAGUCACUCAGUCACUCACUCACUCACAGGGCUAAACACCCACAGUCAUGCCUGUCCACAAAUUGCACUUGGAGGCUACACUAGUAAAGCUUUAAUCCUUCUUCAGAGACUUUAAUCUGAAGGUAGAUAAUACCCCACCUCUGUUGCUCCUAGUACCUCGCAUCACUUCUGUGCUUCUGUUACAGACCUGAUCAAAAAACACUGGGUGGUCACUCACUUCACAGGCAUGAAGGACUACAAUGUAAUGCCAGAUCCACACCUGGGCAAUACAGACACUCUUCCUAGUGGUCUGUUGGCUGGGCCUGGGAAUGUCACCUGCGGGGAUAUAAACAAACAGCAGGGAAUUGAGUUAUUUUCAUUAAGCUUUUUAAAUCCCAGGUAUGUGUCUGGAAUAAGUAGACUGUCAGCUGUUGUACUGUAUUGAGAGCAAUGCUUGAAGUAUUGUUUGGGUGCCGGACGGUACUGUUCAUAUUUUUAAGCCUAUAUUCUAUAAGAGGGACCGGUACUAAAGCAUUAGAACAUGUUCCAGCCCAAUUCAAUCACUGAUUUAUAGGGUGCAUGUUCUGGGUGUUGGCCUAUGUAGAAUUUAGUAAUUUCAAGGUACUUUCAAGGUAUUUAGUGCGAAAAACAAAUUUUCUGCUACAAUUAUGUACAUUGUCACCGUUAGCAGAGACUCAGGGCAUUUCGAAGAACGUAACAUAAGAAAAUCUGUUAGUCUUCACAGUUGGGGAGGGGACAUGCUGCUGGUCUCUGUCAUCAAACAGUUAAUGUCUCCAAAAUGUACAAUUUCCUGCUUUCUCAUUUUUGGAAUUUUCCCCUUCUUUCAACAGACCUUUUCUGUUUCCGUUUUUUUUCGUCUCUCUCUUACAUCCUUUUUCUUUCCUCUCUCUCUCUCUCUCUCUCUCUCUCUCUCUCUCUCUCUCUCUCUCUCUCUCUCUCACUCUCUUCCACUCUGUGAUCUCUAUUUCUCUCCCUCCUUCCUUCUCUGUGUUUCUCUCAUGCUCUCUCCUGGUGUAGGGGGGUGGGCUAGCUAGCUCCUUCAUACAGAUCUUUUCUAAAGGCUCACAUCUGGGAGAGUUUUUAUAAUUUCCACCCAACAGACACAGAGCCAACUGGAUCUCCAGGUUACCAGGCUUUCCAAGGUUUUUACUCUUUUUCUUUGACAAAAGGAGACAGAUGGUAGUGAAGGGAAAACUAUGACUUUUAGUGUCCUUGUUUCUCAUUCAUUUUAAUGGCUGUGAAACUUUUAGCUCCACUUAUCUUACUUUUACAGUUUAUGGUUGUUGUCUAAACAGAGGACAAUGCCAUUUGAUGAGCAUGAGAAACUGUGUAGUCAUAGCCAGGUUGGGUUAACCAGGGAGAGGUCUGGUAGAAAGAUGCUACUCAGGUUGAAUGCUAACGGUAGCUGUAUUAGUAGCUAUGGAAGAAAUCGGAGACCAACUCUUGUCUCCUGAAACAAUUGAUGUGGCUGUAACACUGGUAUCUGUUCUGUAUUUUUUCCCCUCCUCAUCCUGUUAUUACAUAGCAUUCCUCAGCUCUUCUAUUUUAGAUGACACAAAACAAAAAAAGUAAUUAUCGUCUCUUAAGUAUCUAAGUUAUGGAUUCAGGCAGUUGGGAUGCUUCUGGAAUGUGUCAGUGAUUAUGAUCUGUUAGUCAGACUGAUAAUGUCUGUCUUUACCCCCUACUCCAGGCUGCAGAGCCGUUGCCACAGACUCUCCGCAGUUGCAACCUGAGUGUGUUGAAGAAGCAUUGGGAGCAGUCUGACCAGUCAGCCACACCCUGUAUCCCGCUACCCCACACUCACGGCUUACUCCCCUCAGAUCCUAAAGCCAAGCACCAGAUCCAGACCCAGCCCCAGGCAACUCAGGCCCAGCCACCUCUCUCACCAGCCCCCAGCCACAAUACUAGUCCCACAGCCGUAGAGGACCAGGCAGGAUCAGGUAUGGAGAGGAGAUGGCAGCAGAGAGACCCAGAGAGGCAGGAGAGAGGAGCAGCAGUAGAAGUGCCUUGUGUCCCCAGUGAGAAGCCCAACAUACCCCUCAACAACCUCAAGAUGAUGUUUGAGAAAGGAGAGAACCGUCAGAACAAAGUAAGUCCAAACGUACUGAUUUACAAGCUACAUGCCCCCAAUUAUUUUAAUAGGAUACAUUUUAUUUUUCUGCCAUUUUCGCCACAUAAAUGAUAAGAAAUUAGAAUGGCUAAACAGGUACAAAGCUGACGAAGUACUGCAAAGUGCAUCGUUUGUAAAAAUCUUUUAUUUUUAUCAAAGUCGUUUGUUUCUUCAAAUCUGUGGUUUCCACAUGUAUUUUGGAGAAACACUUGUAUAUUGUUUAAGUAUUAGAAGUCCAGUGUAGUCAUGUGGAUCAGGAUCAGGUGUUGUGAGGCAUUCUGCUCUGUGACAGUGACUUACUUAAAAAAAAAUAUAUAUAUAUAUUGGGGUGUAGAUCAGCUUUAAUAUUGCAGAUAGAUUGUAGUUUCCAUCAAUGUAAUUGUCUGCAUAAUUUCCAAACCACCAUAUAUUUUUUGGGGAAAUAUAUACAGUACCAGUCAAAAGUUUGGACACACCUACUCAUUAAAGGGUUUCUCUUUAUUUUUCAUUGUAGAAUAAUAAUGAAGACAUCAAAAAUAUGAAAUAACACAUAUGGAAUCAUGUAGUAACCAAAAAAGUGUUAAACAAAUCAAAAUGUAUUUAAUAUGUGACAUUCUUCAAAUAGCCACCCUUUGCACACUCUUGGCAUUCUCUCAACCAGCACUUGUUGCCCUUUUUUCCUUCACUCUAAUGUCCAACUCAUCCCAAACCAUCUCAAUUGGGUUGAGGUCGGGUGAUUGUGGAGGCCAGGUCAUCUGAUGCAUCACUGUCCUUGGUCAAAUAGCCCUUACACAGCCUGGAGGUGUGUUUUGGGUCAUUGUCCUGUUGAAAACAAAUGAUAGUCCCACUAAGCGCAAACCAGAUGGGAUGGCAUAUCGCUGCAGAAUGCUGUGGUAGCUAUGCUGGUUAACUGUGCCUUGAAUUCUAAAUAAAUCACAGACAGUGUCACCAGCAAAGCACCAUCACACCUCCUCCUCCAUGCGUCACGAUGGGAACCACACAUGCGGAGAUCAUCCAUUCACCUACUCUGCGUCUCACAAAGACACGGCAGUUGGAACCAAAAAUCUCAAAUUUGGACUCAUCAGACCAAAGGACUAGUGUCCAUUGUUCGUGUUUCUUGGCCUAAGCAAGUCUCUUCUUCUUAUUGGUGUCCUUUAGUAGUGGUUUCUUUGCAUCAAUUUGACCAUGAAGGCCUGAUUCACACAGUCUCCUCUGAACAAUUGAUGUUGAAAUGUGUCUGUUACUUGAACUCUGUGAAGCAUUUAUUUGGGCUGAAAUCUGAGGUGCAGUUAACUCUAAUGAACUUAUCCUCUGCAGCAGAGGUAACUCUGGGUCUUCCUUUCCUGUGGCGGUCCUCAUGAGAGCCAGUUUCAUCAUAGUGCUUGAUGGGGCUAAUUUCUGAAUACCAGCACUACCUUGUCACAACACAACUGAUUGGCUCAAACGCAUUAAGAAGGAAAGAAAUUCCACAAAAUCACUUUUAAGAAGGCACACCUGUUAAUUGAAAUGCAUUCCAGGUGACUACCUCAUGAAGCUGGUUGAGAGAAUGCCAAGAGUGUGCAAAGCUGUCAUCAAGGCAAAGGGUGGUUACAACAUGAUUCCAUAUGUGUUAUUUCAUAGUUUUGAUGUCUUCAGUAUUAUUCUACAAUAUAGAAAAUAGUAAAAAUAAAGAAAAACCAUGGAAUGAGUAGGUGUCCAAACUUUCAAGGUAUAUAUAUAUGUAUACACACACAGUGCAUUCGGGAAAGUAUUCUGACCCAUUGACUUGUUCCACAUUUUGUUACGUUACAGCCUUAUUCUAAAAUGGAUUAAGUAAAUUAAAAAGUAAAAAUAGGUUUUUAGAAAUGUUUGCAAAUUUAUAUAUAUUUUUUAAACACUGAAAUACCUUACUUACAUAAGUAUUCAGACCUUUUGCAAUGAGACUCGAAAUUGAGCUCAGGUGCAUCCUGUUUCCAUUGAUAUACAACUUGAUUGGAGUCCACCUGUGGUAAAUUCAAUUGAUUGGACACGAUUUGGAAAGGCACACACCUGUCUAUAUAAGAUCCCACAGUUGACAGUGCAUGUCAGAGCAAAAACCAAGCAAUGAGGUCAAAGGAAUUGUCCGUAGAGCUCUGAGACAGGAUUGUCGAGGCACAGAUCUGGGGAAGGGUACCAACAAAUUUCUGCAGCAUCGAAGGUCCCCAAGAACACAGUGGCCUCCAUCAUUCUUAAAUGGAUAAAGUUUGGAACCACCAAGACUCUUCCUAGAGCUGGCCGCCCGGCCAAACUGAGCAUUCAGGAGAGAAGGGCCUUGGUCCGGGAGGUGACCAAGAAUCCGAUGGUCACGCUGACAGAGCUCCUUAGUUUCUCUGUGGAGAUGGGAAAACCUUCCAGAAGGACAACCAUCUCUGCAGCACUCCUCCAAUCAGGCCUUUAUGGUAGAGUGGCCAGAUGGAAACCACUCCUCAGUAAAAGGCACUUGACAGCCCGCUUGGAGUUUGCCAAAAGACACCUAAAGGACUCUCAGACCAUGAGAAACAAGAUUCUCUGGUCUGAUGAAACCAAGAUUGAACUCUUUGGCCUGAAUGCCAAGCGUCACGUCUGGAGGAAACCUGGCACCAUCCCUAUGUUGUAGCAUGGUGGUGGCAGCAUCAUGCUGUGGGGAUGUUUUUCAGCGGCAGGGACUGGGAGACUAGUCAGGAUCGAGGGAAAGAUUAAUGGAGCAAAGUACCUGCUCCAGAGUGCUCAGGACCUCAGACUGGGGCGAAGGUUCACUUUCCAACAGGAUAACGACUCUAAGCACACAGCCAAAACAACCCAGGAGUGGCUUCGGGACAAGUCUCUGAAUGUCCUAGAGUGGCCCAGCCAGAGCCCGGACUUGAACCCGAUCGAACAUGUAUGGAGAGACCUGUAAAUAGCUGUGCAGCGACGCUCCCCAUCCAACCUGACAGAGCUUGAGAGGAUCUGCAGAGAAGAAUGGGAGAAACUCCCCAAAUACAGGUGUGCCAAACUUGUAGCGUCAUACCCAAGAAGACUCGAGGCGGUAAUCGCUGCCAAAGGUGCUUCAACAAAGUACUGAGUAAAGGGUCUGAAUACUUACGUAAAUUAUGUAUUUCCGUUAUUUAUUUUUUUAAAUACAUUUUUAAAAAUGUCUAAACCUGUUUUUGCGUUGUCAUUGUGUGUAGAUUGAUAAGGGGAAAACUUUAAUCCAUUUUAGAAUAAGGCUGUAACAUAACAAAAUGUGGAAAAAGUCAAGGGGUCUGAAUACUUUCCGAUUGCACUGUAUAUCCUUUAAAAAUAUAUUUUCCUUUAUUAUUUUCCCCUAAUCCUACCACCCCUUCCCUAAUUGGAGUAAACUAAUGGACAACAACACUUAGGCUUCUACUUCCAGCUUAUACAUACUAUAUAGAUUUUACAGACACAAUGUAUUUGACAAUAGUUAUCUUUUAUUUGUAUUUUAAUCCCAUCCUUCAACUACCCUCAACCCCUCCCAUCUAUCUCUUAACACCAUAUUUUUCAACUGUGCUGUGAUGUUUCACAAAAGUUCGGAACCUUUCUAUUUUCAGAGUCUAUACAGAUUGCAAACCAAAGAUAAACACCUUUGCUAAAAGUAUUAUUAUAUUAUUGAUCGAUUGACUAGGACAUUUCAAAUCACCCAGCAGUGACAGUGACUUAGAUGUGUUUGCUAAGGAAAGGCCCCAUGAAGCAGCCCUAUGAAUUGUAGUGCUUCAAAUGACUUUUUCUGAAUAUGUAGCAUUGUGGUUGAGACAACAGGUCUGUGUGUCGUCAAUGUUCCUGUUCUAGAAGUAAAGAAUGUUGUGCUGUGUGUUCUCCAGGGGUCAGAGCCCUCCUGGGGGCUGCUGCCAGUCACAUGCACCACUCUGAGUUUUCUCAUCUCACUACAGUACAUUCCUACAGAUGGGCUAGAUAUAACCAUGCCCUGAGGCAGAUAGGAGGGUAGGAGGGGGGGCUUCAAAACAACCACUGUCCUCCUCCUCACACUCCCUUUGGGGGUUAACAAUAGAAAAGUGGAUAAGCUUGUUUAAAAGCAAAGGAUCCUUUUAACACUUUUUACUCUAGACUAAUAGUCUAUAUUUCGUUUAUUUUCCCUGGCUUGUAUGAAAUGUUAGGUGUUGGAAAUGAAAGGCCAGACUUUCAAUUGAACUUUCUUAUGAGUUAGGGUUUUUGGUUGAGUGUUGAUCAAGAUUCAGACCUGUGGGUUAGCUAGCUUACUGGUCGGUAUUUGAACAUGGGCACCCGCCUGGACACCAGAUCAGAGGAUUGUUUUGUAGCGGCUUAACGAGUUGCCUCGCCACACCCCAGCUGGCUGAACUUUCCUUCCUUAAGCACAUUAGCAGCCCUCUCUCGAUCUCUCUCUUUCUAUCUCUCUCGCUUUCUCUCUCUCCCAGCUGAAAGCCAGGAAGUGACCUGGGCUCGCCCCACAUACCCCCACACCCAGACCUGCCCCUGGCCUCGACCCACACCUCCAUACCCAGCCCUGUGCCUGGCUCCCUGCUCCUUGGCCUGUAGGCCUAGCCCCUCUCCUCCUCACUUCUCUUCCAGGGGUGGUGAUGUCAUGGGGCAGGCAUUGCACAUGACUGCAGUAGAGAUGAGAAACUGAGCCUCCUCAGAUAACUCUUCCUCCUCCCCUGGUCCUCUCUGGUUUAUCAAAGCAAGGCCUUCUCCUUCUCCCCCUCCUCUCCCCUUACUCCCCCUCCUCUCGCUGGAGGAGACGGUCAUGAGGGAGAGGCACUGUGAAAUUAAUUGACCCAACUUCAUCCCCCCGUCACCCCCUCCCUCUUUAGCCCCCCACUCCCCUCCAUAUGCCCCCAUGAAGGCCUUCCCUCUGCUCCUCUCUCUCUGUGUGACUGUGACAAGGCAGAAAGGAAGGAGGCACCAGUCCAGUCGUGGUCCCUGCUCUGCUCUGUCAGGCAGCCCAGUCCAGUGGAGACACAGUCUAAUGAACACAAUUGAGUUAGCUGCUGUUGAUGUUCCAAACUCCUCCAGGACAGGUAUGAGUGCUCCAGCGUUAACAGUCUUCUCCUCUCCUCCACUUGUGCUCCGGUCCGCUUCUCCCUGUAGCUCCUAGCGUUGCUUUGCGAGAGGUAAAUAUGUAUAUAUUCUUUCUUUGUUUGGUCUCAAACCCCUCGACCUCGGACCUCCUUAAGCUCACUUUGAUUAUUGCGGCUCUGAAACAGUCUCCGCUUUAUAUCUGGGGUUUGCUUUCUUUGCUUGUUGUUGGAUUAGUAUAUUUGUAUUAGGUUUUUAUACCUGUGGAUAUAAUCCUUUGAUGGGAGGGCUAGCAUAUACACUGACUACACUAUGGUUUAUGAAAGUACUGGUCUGUCAGUGAAUGGGGCUUUUCAAGGUCUUUAUAUGUUUUUGUCAAUGGUGGUUUUGUGCUAUAUGUAUCCUUGCCUACAACUCACUGAUUUGAAUUGGUAUUUUUUGUUAUUGUUCUGGGGCCCAGGCAGCCAGCCGGCAGGCGGUAGGCUUUAGGGAGGAGCCUCAGUCUGUCUCCAGGGUUUUUUAAAUUGUCAGUGGGAUUAGUUUCAGAGCUCUUUGCCUGGCCCGCUGAUCAGUUCCUCCCUCUCUAAGCUCAGCUGCCUUCUUGACGUUUGUUUGUUUACAUCCUCCUCCUGCUCCCCCAUAUUGUUGAGGCACCACCAUGACCACCGUCUGGAGAGGAUAGGAGAGGGGUUGAGUGGAGAGGGAUCAGGCUGAAGAGUGGUCAGGCUUGGGAGGGGGCCUCCGGCUGCGUUAGAGAGGGGUCUCUCUGCCUGGGGUCCGUCUGGGCCAGCUGGGGUCUGGCUUCCUUAAUCCACUCUGGAGGAUGGAACAGCACGUAUCACCCCUUUCUGCGAAUGCAAAUCUAAAAUCCAGACUGCCACGAAUGCACAACUCUAUAAAGACUUUUCCCCUUUGCAUUUCAGGGUUUAAUCCACCAUUUGCCUCCUCAUCUCUCUCUCUGUCUCUCUGUCUCUCUGUCUCUCUGUCUGUCUGUCUGUCUGUCUGUCUGUCUAUUAUAAGGCUGUGCCCGGUGCUGUCCCAGCCGACCAGGGCUUUGUGGCACCCUGCUGCUCCUCUAAUCUCUGAUACUGAUCACACACCGGCUUACAGACACAAGCGGUACAGACGGAUAGGAGGCAGGAGACAGGGUGCGUCCCAAAUGGCACUCUAUUCCCUACAUAGUGCACUACUUUUGACCAGAGCCCUAUUUGCCCUUGUCAAAAGUAGUGCCCUAUAUAGGCAACACGGCACCAUUUGGGGCUCACCCAGAGGCUGUUCUUGCAUUGAGCGGGUAGAGGCCAGGUGAAGCCAGGCUUAACUUGAGUCUCUGCUGCUACAGGUGUGCCAAGAACAGUAUGUCUUCUCCUCUUGGCUUUUACCACUGACCUUUGCUCUAUGAAAUCCCUCUCUCACCGAUGGCCUGAUCGCUGAAACAAAAGUUGGUUGAAUAGCAGGCAGCCACUCUGUCCUGUCUUCAGCUGUGUUCAGAAUGCGCUGUGCUGUGUGUCAGGCAGGAGGGUGACAGGUGAGUCUUCUGUCUGUUGCUGGUGUUGACUGGGGUGUGUGACUGUGGACAGGAAGACAGACUGGGGUGUCUGCCUUGCCUUUUCUCCGUAAGGCUCUAUCUGCCUCAGGCUCUAGCUCACUGAGCUCAUAAGGGGAUUAGAGUAGAGAGGGCUGGGCUGAGCAGGAGAGGCAGACAGCCGGGACGGAGGCUGGACAACAAGCCAGGCUGAUACUGCAGCUGACGCACUGACUGACAGGCUGCCACACCUCCUCUCUCCACUCACCUAUUUUCUUCUCAUCUCUCCUCUAUACUCCUCUCCACUCUUCUCACUGUCAGAGCACUGGGCUCAGAGCUGCCUGAUGGGUGGCCCUGGUUCUCCCCUGCUGUGAGUUUAUGCUAGCCUAGAGCUAACCACGUGAGCAUCAUAUGGUUCUGUGUGCAAACCACGAGGCAUGUGCUGCUGGCCUUAUUCAGUAUGUUCAUAGCCUGCUCAAUCUACAAUGCAAAGGGUACCAUAAUGGAAUAUACUGUCCUGAUAGUGUGGCUUGGUUCUGUGUUUCCAGGUGUCCAGAGAGCCUGUGAGGAUUGGAGGGACCGGAGGCAUAACUGACAACAUGGAUCAGCUACUUGGAGGUACUAUUACACUGAGAGAGGACUCUCUCUCUCUCUCUCGCUCUCUCACACGGGAUGGGACACCAGAGUUAAAGGUAGAUGUACUGUUCUCCAUGAGGAUGCACAUAUUGUUUCACCAGGCUAGAGAGGAGUACAGACAGACUAAGCAGACUACUUCCUUCCUUUAACUGUAAUGUAUCAGUGGUAGAGACUGUAGCUGGCUCCUUUCUAAAGUGUCAUGAUCAGCACAAUCAGCAGAAUGUCUCAGUGAUUACAGGAAGAAUGAUAGUUACAGGAAGAGGGCUUUUCCCUUCUAUUUCCCCUGUGACCCUGUGUUCCCGUCGCAGCCUGACAAACACCAUGGGUGUGUCCCAAAUAGCAUCCUAUUCCCUAUAUAGCACACUACUUUUGACCAAAGCCCAUAGGUUCUGGUCAAAAAAAGUAGUGCACUAUAUAGAGAAUAGGGUGCCACUUGGGACACAGCCAUUACCCGCACAGUCUGCAUUGUGCUGAAUGGAUAGUCUGCACUGUCGUCUCCAUAGCUUAUGAGAGGUGUGUGUAUAUGUGAAUGUAACCUGUGCUUCUCUUUGUCUGUCUCCUAGAUGCAGGGAGCAUAGAGUCCAUGCCCCUGAGGGACAGGAUGGCCAUGUACCAGGCUGCUGUGUCUAAAACAGAGGUGUUAUCCUCCUCAGUCAGCGUGAGUACCUGUCCUGUCCUUUACACUGUCCCGUACUCUGCUUCACUACCUGCCUGCCUGUGAUGGAAGAUCAUGUAAGACUGACCAUCAUGUCCAUGGUUACACCUGACUGAACUUGACUAGCCUCGUAAGGUACACUACCGGUCGAAAGUUUUAGAACACCUACUCAUUCAAGGGUUUUUCUAUAUUUUUACUAUUUUCUACAUUGUAGAAUAAUAGUGAAGACAUCAAAACUAUGAAAUAACACAUUGGAAUCAUGUAGUAACGAAGAAAGUGUUUAUCAAAUCAAAAUAUAUUUUAUAUUUGAGAUUCUUCAAAUAGCCAUCCUUUUCUUUGAUGACAGCUUUGCACAAUCUUUCCUUCUUAAUGUGUUUGAGUCAAUCAGUUGUGUUGUGACAAAGUAGGGGGGUAUACAGAAGAUAGCCCUAUUUGGUAAAAGACCAAGUCCAUAUUAUGGCAAGAACAGCUCAAAUAAGCAAAGAGAAAUGACAGUCCAUCAUUACUUUAAGACAUGAAGGUCAGUCAAUACGGAACAUUUCAAGAACUUUGAACGUUUCUUCAAGUGCAGUCGCAAAAACCAUCAAGCGCUAUGAUGAAACUGGCUCUCAUGAGGACCGCCACAGGAAUGGAAGACCCAGAAUUACCUGUGCUGCAGAGGAUAAGUUCAUUAGAGUUACCAGCCUCAGAAAUUGCAGCCCAAAUACACUACCGUUCAAAAGUUUGGGGUCACUUAGAAAUGUCCUUGUUUUCAAAAGAAAAGCAAUUUAUUUGUCCAUUAAAAUAACAUCAAAUUGAUCAGAAAUACAGUGUAGACAUUGUUAAUGUUGUAAAUGGCUAUUGUAGCUGGAAACAGCUGAUUCUUAAUGGAAUAUCUACAUAGGCGUACAGAGGCCCAUUAUCAGCAACUAUCAGUCCUGUGUUCCAAUGGCACGUUGUGUUUGCUAAUCCAAGUUUAUAAUUUUAAAAGGCUAAUUGAUCAUUAGAAAACCCUUUUGCAAUUAUGUUAGCACAGCUGAAAACUGUUGUGCUGAUUAAAGAAGCAAUAAAACUGGCCUUCUUGAGACUAGUUGAGUAUCUGGAGCAUCAGCAAUUGUGGGUUCGAUUACAGGCUCAAAAUGGCCAGAAACAAAUAACUUCUGAAACUCGUCAGUCUAUUCUUGUUCUGAGAAAUGAAGGCUAUUCAAUGCGAGAAAUGUACAACAUUAACAAUGUCUACACUGUAUUUCGGAUCAAUUUGAUGUAAUUUUAAUGGACAAGAAAAUUGCUUUUCUUUCGAAAACAAGGACAUUUCUAAGUGACCCCAAACUUUUGAACGGUAGUGUAAAUGCUUCACAGAGUUCAAGUAACAGACACAUCUCAACAUCAACUGUUCAGAGGAGACUGUGUGAAUCAGGCCUUCAUGGUCGAAUUGCUGCAACAAAAACACUACUAAAGGACACCAAUAAGAAGAAGAGACUUGCUUGGGCCAAGAAACACGAGCAAUGGACAUUAGACCGGUGGAAAUAUGUCCUUUGGUCUGGGGUCCAAACUGGAGAUUUUUGGUUCCAACCGCCGUGUCUUUGUGAGACGUGGUGUGGGUGAACGGAUGAUCUCCACAUUUGUAUUUCCCACCGUAAAGCAUGGAGGUGUUAUGGUGUGGGGGUGCUUUGCUGGUGACACUGUCUGUGAUUUAUUUAGAAUUCAAGGCACACUUAACCAGCAUGGCUACCACAGCAUUCUGCGUGCGAUACACCAUCCCAUCUGGUUUGGGCUUAGUGGGACUAUCAUUUGUUUUUCAACAGGACAAUGACCCAACACACCUCCAGGCUGUGUAAGGGCUAUUUUACCAAGAAGGAGAGUGAUGGAAUGCUACAUCAGAUGACCUGGCCUCCACAAUCCCCCGACCUCAACCAAAUUGAGAUUGUUUGGUAUGAGUCGGACCACAGAGUGAAGGAAAAGCAGCCAACAAGUGCUCAGCAUAUGUGGGAACUCCUUCAAGACUGUUGGAAAAGCAUUCAAGGUGAAGCUGGUUGAGAGAAUGCCAAGAGUGUGCAAAGCUGUCAUCAAGGCAAAGGGUGGCUAUUUGAAGAAUCUCAAAUAUAAAAUAUAUUUUGAUUUGUUUCACACUUUUUCGGUUACUACAUGAUUCCAUAUGUGUUAUUUCAUAGUUUUGAUGUCUUCACUAUUAUUCUACAAUGUAGAAAAUAGUAAAAAUAUAGAAAAACCCUUGAAUGAGUAGGUGUUCUAAAACUUUUGACCGGUAGUGUAUAACGAUCCUGAAGUCUUGCGAGCUUCCAUUCUGUUUGAGAAACGAGAGCGCAGCGGGUCAUGGUGGUCUUGGAUCAGGCUAGAACUUACUUAUUUUAUUAUUUUUCAUUUUUUUACAUUUUAGUCAUUUAGCAGACACUCUUAUCCAGAGCGACAUACUUUUUUUUUUUUCAUACUUGAACCCAAAGUAAGAACAUUGGGCCAGAAACUGUCAGUUGCGGGUUACAUUUCCCAACUCUAAAACAAGUCCCUGUUUUUCUCUCUCUGACAGAGUGAUCAGCUGGACUCUGACCUCUGCAGCAGCAGCAAACAGAAGGAGAAUGUACCCCCAGACAGUGUGGACAUGGUGAGGGAUUGUGUUCUCCUGUGUGUGUGUGUGUGUGUGUGUGUGUGUCUGAAACAUCUCUAAAUCACCACCUCUCCCUCUUCUCUCAGGGUCUGGACUCAGAGCCCAACAGUAGGAAAGCCUCUUCCACAGAGAGCAAUGGUAACUAAUUUGGUCCUCCACUGCAUUUAACCAGAGCUACAGUAUAUUCUUGUCUGUCAUUAUUUAUGUCUCCUCUAUAUGUUUCAGUUUGUGAAUGUUAGAUCAGUAUAUUCAUAACAGCUCCCUCUGGUGUCCAGUGUGUGCCAUUAUUGAUUUUAGUCUCAUCAUAUCACAGCAGGCUCCAGUACCGGCACCUCCUCUGUAUCCUCGAACCAGAAGGAUCAAGCUCAGCCCAAGACCUCCAGGGUGAAUUCAACAGACCCUUUUCUGUAUUUGUCUCAGAGCAAUUGCCAAACCAACCAUUCAAUCUCCUAACCAGCCUUGAAUGCCUCUCUUUAUUUUGUGGUGUGUACAGAGCUUCUGCUUGCCUGCACGGGAGAGUUGUGUGUCAUGUCAGAAGACAGUCUACCCUCUAGAGCGUCUGGUAGCCAACCAAAAGGUCUACCACAACACCUGUUUCAGAUGCUCCCACUGCAACACCAAACUCAGGUGAGGGGAUAGGACGGGACAGACACCAUGCAGCAUGGCAUUUUUUAUUUGUUAAAACAUCUGUUAAUCUCACUAUUAGUGGAUUUUAUAUUGUCUUUAGGUCCACAGUCUUGUUCCUCUUGAAUUAAGGAUCAGGGUUUAUGCUGCGUGAUUCAAAAUAAAUAUUGAAUGUGUUGUUUGUCUCCCUCUGCUGGCCAGCCUGGGGACCUACGCCUCUCUGCACAGCCACGUCUACUGCAAGCCUCACUUCUGCCAGCUGUUCAAGGCCAAGGGCAACUAUGACGAGGGCUUCGGCCUGCGCCCUCACAAGGAGCUGUGGGAGACCAAAGGAGAGAGUGGGGCUGGGGAGGAACACGGGACAGAGCAGACUAGCAAGGCCACCUCCUUCUCCAAAGACAAGCUGAAGAAGUGCGCCUCUACAGGCACGCUGUUGAUCAGUCCAGCGGUAGAGGAGUCUCCACUGGCCAAGGUCAACGUGGUGACAGCCUCCCUGGAGACCCGCGCCCAGAGUUCAGCAGAGAAGGACAAGCCAGUGGAAACACGUCGGCUGAAGAUUUCCUGGCCCCCCCGCACUGAAGGAGACGGAGAGGUUGGUAACAUUGGGGCCAGCCCCACCGGGAAACCAUCCCGUGCUAAGUGGCCCCCAGAGGGUGACUCAGCCUUCCCCGACCAAAGCCCAGAGUCCACCGAACGCUCCACGCUCUGCAGGAGCGCCUCCCUCAAGGAGCGUAGCCGACCCUUUUCAUUGGCCAGCGCCUCCCAUGCUCCCGCCCCUGCUGCCAGUCAGACAGCCAAUCCUGAGCCAGAGCCACUGGAGAGGAGGAGCUCAUUCGAGGACAGGGAGCCUGAACUGGCCUCCAGCCCUGAGGAACAGAGCAUGGAGGACCGGGAACAACCAGACAGCCUGUCACCUGACUACCACACGCCUUCUGACGACAGCUACGUGGACGUCCACACCAGCUCUGAGGAAGAGGGGAUGAAGGGGAGAGUCGCACCUCUGAAAGAAGACCACCACGAAUUACUAGAAGCAAACCAAGAACAGGGAGCAGAGAAUGACGGGGAGGAGAAGAUGGGGGGAGAAGAAGAGGGAGCAGGGUUACUUUCUCAAAACUGCCAGACUGCCUCGUCAGAGAUCGCCACGCCCCCCUCGUCUCCGGAGACUGAGCCUAUGUCCAAGACCAACCACACGUCUCAGGAUGUGGGCUUCUGGAAUGGCGAGGAGGCCGUGUCUGUAGAGGAGAUGAUUAAGAUGAACCGCUACUAUGAGGACGAGGAGGACUGA